AUGGCCAAAGCCGAGUCCGAUCUCAAAUCCAUCCUCGAUGGCGGCUUCGAUCCCCAACAGUUCCCUUGGUAUGAGCCGGAAUUGACCGAGGCUCCUGAGCCGGCAAAGACUCUGCUGGAGAAGUAUAGCAAAAUACCGCCUAAUCAGGUCGUGGAACAUGUGAAGAAAGUGCGUCGGGAAAUCGGUACCUUUGCUAACCCCAACUUCCAGUUCCCGUACCCAUGCAUUGGAUCAUUCCGAUUCUUGGACUUGAGCAUCCCUCAAUCUCCCCUCUACCCGGAGAUCCUGGAGAGACUGAAGUCCGGCCAAAAGCUGCUCGAUGUGGGGUGUGCAGUCGGACAAGAGCUGCGCCAACUGGUCUUUGACGGUGUCCACUCUGAGAACCUCUAUGCCUCGGACCUACGUCAAGACUUCUACGAUAUUGGCUACGAUCUCUUCAAUGAUCACGACACCCUCAAAGCCCAGUUCAUAGUAGCAGAUAUCUUCGACGAUAACUCUGAUCUAGUAAAGAAAUUAACGGACAAAAUCGAUAUUGUCAACGCCGCUUCCUUCUUCCAUCUGUUCAACUGGGACCAGCAGGUUCUUGUUGCCAAGCGGCUGGUUGGGAUUCUCCAUGACAAACCUGAUUCUCUUAUUAUCGGCCGGCAAGUCGGUCGUGUGGAUCCUCCAUCUCCAGAGGAACAGGCUGCCGGUGGGCACUAUCGCCAUGACCCCGCUACGUGGAAGAAGCUCUGGGAGCAAGUAGGUGCUGAAACUGGGACGCAGUGGGAAGUUGAGACUUGGAUGGAGAAGUGGGCUGGACAUGAUAAGGUGAUGAAGGAUUAUCAUGAGGGAUUGGAUACUUUCAAGUUGAGAUUUAGUGUGAGAAGAGUAUAG